CUUGAAUCUCCAGCAGGUUUUUUUUUACAGCCAUUCUUUCUGUAUCUAAAGAAAUCACGGCGGGUUUCUUUGCUUCCAUACUUGAAAUUGAGGGAGCGUAGAUCUCUUUGUCUGUUUAGAAAAGUGCAUAGUACACUCACACCCAGCGCGAACCUUGAAUCGGGCAUCUCACCUGUGGGCAAGACCACGACACAACCAGGCAGCCACCUCCAGCAUUCGCCCAAACAACCACCAGCAACUCUUUGAGUCAUCACAACACCCACAGAAAUUGAUUGUCUACCAGAAAUACCUUUCUGUACACCAAUCCUUAUCGACCGACGAGCAAACAUGGCGCAAAACAAACAAGACAGGGCAAUGAACCCAACCGCCCUUCUCCUCAAGGAGGAAGGCAACCGACGUUUCCAAGCUGGUGACUACAUCGGGGCAGAGGCUUCAUAUUCAAAAGCCAUAAUCGCCGACCCCCUCAGCCCGACCCUCUACACGAACCGCGCCAUGGCGCGCCUCAAGCUUCAGCAGUGGGACUCUGUCAUCAGCGACUGCCUCGAGUGCCUCAAGCUGGCGCCCAAGAACAUGAAGGCCCACUACUACUGCGGCAUGGCUCAGCUGGAGCUGGGCAACCUGGACGAGGCCCACGACCACUCCAAGCUGGCGCACUCGCUGGCCUCGGCCACCAACGACCGCUCACUGCACCAGGUCCUGACGCUGCUGAUGCGCUGCAAGACGCUGCGCUGGGAGCAAAAGGAGAAGCGCCGCGUGCGCCAGGACGCCGACCUCGAGGCCGAGCUGCGCGCCAUGCUGGAGAGCGAGCGGGACCUCGCCGUGCGCUUCAUGGGAAAGGACAGCACCGGCGGCGACGCCGCUGCAGCCGAAGAGGUCAGGGCGGAGUACGACGCCAAGAUCGACAGGCUGGAGAAGGUCUUUGAGAGGUCGCGCGCCGCCGCCGAUAGGAAGAGGGAGGUUCCGGAGUGGGCCAUUGACGAGAUCAGCUUUGGGGUCAUGGUCGAUCCUGUCGUUACCAAGAGCGGCAAGUCGUACGAGCGCGACACGAUCCUCACCCACCUCAAGACGAACCGAACAGAUCCCAUCACCCGCGAACCCUUGCACCCGUCCGACCUACGACCAAACCUCGCGCUCAAGGAGGCGUGCGAGGCUUUCUUGAACGAAAACGAGUGGGCUGCCGACUGGUGAUGGAGUUCCUUUUCUUUCCCUCUUACCCUCCCUGUUUUUUGUGAUCUUACAGUGAACGAGCGUUUUAUUUAUUUUUUUCUAUCCCCCUCACUCGAUAUGCGGUACACGGCGUGGCUUUGCAUGGUCAGGUUUAUCGCAUUUCAUAGCACGGCGUUUGGAGUAAAAUGGUGCCUGUUCUAUACCUUGUUUUGAAUGAUGAUGAGAAGAUACAUACUUACAUGAUAUCCUUGUUGGCCUUGUAUUUGUGUCUUCGUUUAUUUUGUGUUGUAUUAUCAUAACUCGCGAUAUCAAUUGAAUCUUCACAGGCAUGAGUUACUCGAUCUUUGUCAAUACAUGUACAUACUGUCUGCUUCGAAGCGUUCCCGAUGGGAUGUCUCCGUUGAAUUGAAAACGACAGUCUUGGCGACUAGAUGUUCGUGUUAUAGAUGUGGCUACUGAUCUAUCAAAUCACCAACUACUGACCGACUGGUCCAAGGCAGCAAAGAGGACCGGCGCUACCAAAC